CAUAGAAACAAAUUUAUUUACAAGCAAAUUGGACACUAAAUUAUUUAUAGUAACUAUAAGCUUUAACAGGUAGCCGUGCAUUUGCACGCUAUUGGGAUUUGCAAAAAGGUAGUUUCUUCAAUCAAUCAAAAGAUAUGAGUAGUCCAGAGCCAACAGAGGAUUCCCAGGAUGAGACAGAAGAGGAACCACAGAAAUACACACAGCCAUUGUCUGCACUUCCUCCUAGAGUGGUACAACAGGAGGAAAGUCAGGUGGAGGUGUCAGCUAGUCCUGCAUUCCAGUGUCUUGAUGAGCUGUUUCAAGAUGGUAAAUUAACUGGAACAAGACUGGCACAUCUGAAGGCAAAGUACACAGAUUUACAUGAAACUCUGAAAAAAACAAGAGAUAAUGAAUCCAAUUUACUGAAGCAGGCCAAAGAAGUACAAGUAGAACUUGAAAGGCAGAGGAUAGAGCUGGAGAAGGCAGAUAAUUUACCAGAUAAAACCUCUAACUCAGAAGUGGUCAAUAUCAGACGAGAAAUCUUGAAAAGUGUAAAUGCUAAGGAUGAAAUAUUGGACAGAGAAUAUCAGUUAAAUUACAAAUUUGAAACCCUGACAGAAGAAAAGAAAAUUCUGGAGAAAGAAUUUGCAAGACUCCCAAAGCAAGGUGAAACGGAGAAAAAGAUUAAGGAACUUCAAGCAGCAUGUGAUGAAAUUAAGAAAGAAAUAAUGCAAAGACAAAUGGAAAACAAGUCCCUAAAGGAAGAUUUAGAGGGUAACAAUAGACAGAUUGUGUUAGAUAAAAAGGAAUAUGAAAAAUUAGUCGAUGAAAUGGAAAAAUUUAAGGGAGACCUGGUUCAAGUGAACUCAGUUCCUAACCAGUUAAUGAAAGAGAAAGACAAACUACAGAGACAGUUCAAUGAAAUAGACAAGAGACAGAAAACUUUAGACACUGAGCAUGAAACAUUGAAAGACUCUCUUAAAUUUUUUGCCAAAAAGAAGGAAGAUUUAACAGAUGAAAAAUUUGAAUUAGAAACAGAAGUUGAAAAGGGAAAAUCCCUUGUCGAUCAGAAGAAUACUGAGGUCAAUAUGAUUUUGAAAGAGAUAGAAGCUGCUAAAAAUGAACAGGCUACACUGGAAGGGGACAAGGGCACAAUUGAAAUGGGUUUAAGACAUAUAAUGUUGGAAAAAAAGAACCAACAUGAAGCUCAUGCUAGAAGAACCAGAGAAAAGGAUAGAGAUCUCAAAACAUUAAAGAAAGCAGAGUUACAAGUUAAAGUAGCAGAAGAAAACUUACUUCAUACCAGAUCUGUCAAUGAGAAGACAAAAUCACAGGUUGAAUCUUUACCAAAGGAUGAUGGGUCAAUAUCAAAGAAGAAGGCUGAUUUAGCAAAAGAAGUUGAAAUGGUCAAAGUUUCUCUUGCAAAACAUAACAAAGUAACAACAGAUAAACACAUAGCAUUAGAAACUAGUGCAGCACAGGAGCAGGCAUUGUUGUAUGAACAGAGUGAUCUGAGGAUUGAAGUUGUUGAACUUAAUCGUUUAGCAGCUAUCAAGGCUGAUGAAAGAGAACAGAAAGCAAGAGAUUUUAUGAGAGCAGAAAUAAGAUUCCACAAAGCAGAGGAAGAUCUUCAAACAAAAGAUUUACAAAUAGCUGAUCAUAGAAAGAAAGAAAAAGAAAUGGAAACCAAGUUGAAAGAAUUUGCAAAGUUAUAUGAUGUGAUAAAAAAUGAGAGAAAUAAAUGUGUAAAUUUAAUACAAACAAGUACACAGAAAGCUGCAGAAAUGAAAGAGAAAAUCAAAAUGUUACAGAAUGAGAUAGAAAUCUUACGUCACACAGUCAAUGAUAAGGAUAAGAUCCUACAAAACCAAAGGCUAAAGCACAUGACCAAUAUUGUCAAAAGAGAUAGCUUGUUAAAUGAGUUAUCUAAACAGAAGGCUGUAUACAUGGAAAUGAAGGCACAACAAGAUCAACAGAAAAUGGACAUGUCUAAACUAAAUAUGAUGAUCAAUCAGGGAGAGGAAGAGAGCACCAGACUCCGAGACAUGUAUUCUAAAGAACUUAAAAAGAGGAAUGAUAGAGGUUUAAAGUUGAUUCAGAUAGAGGAAGAGGUGGCAACAUUCUAUGAAAAAGUCAAUAUUGAAGAUCAGUUAAUUAGGAAUGGUAACGUUGAACUUCAAACAAGAGAAGAAGAGAUCAGAUUCUUAAAUAUGCAAAUGAGUGAAGAUAAAAGGUCAAUAGAAUUACUUAGGAAAAUGGUACCACAAAAACGGGCAUUAGAACAAGAAAGGGAAAUAUUACAAAUGCAGUUGGAGCAGUGUCAAGAAAGAAUGGUAGAAUUAUUUAAAGAAUUAGAAGAUCCAAAGAAUGUGGACAGAGUGCGAUACUUAGAAGGCAAAGACCCAACACCGACAGAACUCCAUGAGAAAAUUGAAGGGUUGGAAAUGAGAUUAGCAGAAAAGGAAGAACACUUAUUAGAAAAAGAUUUAAUAUUUGAACAAGUAACAAGAUUAGCUGAAAGAGUAAAGAAGAAAGCAGAAUCUGGCAAAGAAGAUACAUUAGAACUUGCCAAGAAGGUUAAUGAUUUACAAGCAAAAAUAAAAGAAACGACAAGAAAAAUGAUGGCAAUGGUGUCAGAACUGUCAAUGAAUCAAGCUAAUGCUUUAAAACUUCAACAAAAUUUAAAAGAAAAAGAAGCUGAGUUAGAACAAUGUUAUAUUAGAAUGGAGAAAGGAGAACCACCUAAUGACGAUUAUGAGAGAGCAUGGCUUCGGAUGUUACGGGAUGGAGAAAUACGACAGAGAGAUAAAGAAGAAAUCAGAUUGCAAGAAGAUGAAGAAGAACAAUAUAAAAUUGCUGGAGGUGUUACAACAACAGCAGAGCCUCGUCCUAAUGCCUAUAUACCUGAUGAUGAUAGUGAAUUGCCAAUACCUCGACCGUAUGGCAAACAUGCUCCAUUCAAACCUUCAGAGCCAGGCUCUACAAUGAGACAUGUUAGAAAACCUAUUCCAAAACCUAUUGAAAUUUAAUGCAUUUUAUAUUUGUUGAUAUUUAUUAAGUCUGUGAUACAUAUAUUUUUUUAUCUGUGAUGCAAUCCUGAACCUGAAUUAAUUAUCUCCAUUUGUUUAAUGUUAAGUUAUUGACAAUCAGUGGAGUAUAAAUCGUGCAUUUUUUAUGAAGAAAGUUGUUGCCUCUAAUAUGUAAAAAAUUGAAAGAAAAGUUGACCAAUAAAACUUUUCAUUGAAAUGCCUAUGAUUAUGAAUUUUUAAAUAAGAAAGUAAAAGUAUGAAAUCUUUAAAGAUUAAACAGUCUCACUUAUGUUUAUGCUCACCUAUUAAUAUUUUACAUAAGUUAUGUAAUUUCUGUUCACAGUAUACGUCCUAGCUAGAAUAAGGUGCAGAUUUAUAUUUUUUGUCAGUAACAAACAUUAUUUAAUUCCUUAUAUGAUAUACUAUAGUGCCUGAUACUUUAUGUCAUUCCUACACUUGUUAUGAUUUUUUUAUUUUUAAGAUAUGUGCCUCAACAUGGAACAUAUUUAAAAUCCAUUUAUAUGUCUAAAUGAUUUUAAAAUGUCAACUGAAAUCUUGAUUAGUUUCGCAGCCAUCUGCUUUAUGCGGCCUUAUAUUAACAGAAAAACUUAUCGAAAGAAAAUAGUUAAAUUGUUUUGUUCAGUCUGUGCUUCUAAUUCAACAAUUAAUAGCCAAUUGUGUAUUGAAAGACUUUUUGAUGGACUCUUUUUGUUAAAGUUACAAUAAGAAGUGACAACUAAGUUUUGAUAUCAGACUGACAAAUAAAUGGUCUUCUUUACUUUUCUUUUCUUUAUUUUAAUGAAAAUUCCGUUCAUACAUUACAAAUAAGGAAAUAUAUGUUUUUUAUAUAAUUACUUUUUUUAAUAAACUAUGAAAUAAUA